UUGAAAAAUUUGAUCCCAAUUAAAAAUAAUUUGCUGAAUUUGAAUAGAACGAAUUGAAACGUGCACAAUGGAGGAACUGUCGAAAUUACAGCAUUCGCCGGAGGUGGAAAACAUUUGCACCGAAUAUGAUAAUUAUAUAAAAAAAAAAGGAAGAGAUUGUCACCGGUUUGGCUGAGAUGCACACCACAUUCGAUACAUUUAAGAAAGCUCUCAUCGAAAAUGGAUUCGAAUUUCCCGAUUCCUGCAUCACGAGCUUGCUGCAAAUUACUCAAUCGAUGAAAUCAUCGAAGAAACUACCUGAGUCUAGUGAAAAUGAUUUCAUAUCGGAGCCUGAUGCCCAUCGAUUGGCCUCGAAAAUCCCAGGUUUGGCCAUGCCCAAUAGAAUACAAAACAAAAUGAGUGAGAUUGAACUGGAGAAAAGUGAGAAGAGAGAACGACCAAGACUCGGGAGAGAUCGAAGGAACGAGAAAGGGAUAGAGACGGAGACAGAGACAGGGAAAAGGACAAAGACUGAUCGUCAAGAAGAAGCCGGUCCAGAUAUGAGUUCAAGCAGACAGUCUAGAUCGAAGGAACGCCGCACAUCGCUUGAGAGUCGGAAUCGGAACCGAAGCACAAGUCGUGAUCGACGACACCGGUCGCCAGCUCGCAAACGAAGCGCAACACCAUUGCCCGAUGAGUUCUACAAUUUCAUUGACGAAAAUUCGAAUAUCUCGAUUGUAAGGAUCAGUAACAUUCAUCCAAGUUACGUGGAUUGGUCUAGAUUGGCUAGAUCUUUGCCAUUGCUGGAUACGAUUAAAUUACACGCACGCCUUUCAACUGGUGAAGCAAUCGAACUUAUGGCUAAAUUUCGAAUGCUGAAAAAAUUUGAAUUUGUGUUAAAGGAUGAAUAUGGUCACUUCCGCGAAAGACUAUGCUACGAAUGGGAAAGCAAAUAUGAUACGGCCCAGAAAUUUGUCGAAUUGAAACGCAAAACUUGA